AAACGCAACACAUGUAAAAUGUAACAAGCUGAUAUCGCGUCAAUUCAAAGCAGUGAAGCAUUUUAAUUGAGUUUUUUUCCAUCGAACAAACUUAAAAUGAAAAUAGUUGAUUUACAUAAAGACAUUUUCGGAUGGCGAAAAAAAAUGAUUUAAUUUGUGUUGUAGAAAUCAGUUCAACUAUGAUAACUUUGGCAAGUGAAUAAAAAAAUUAAAUUUUCCGACAUCUGUGAGCAAAGAACAACAAAGAAAAAUUGUAAAUGAAACAAUCGACAUAAAAACUAGCUUUUUCAUAUGAAUCAUGUAUAAAAGCCAGCUUUGAUCGAAUAUAUUUUUUUUUCGUGAAAAAGAUUUCAUUCCUAAAGUAAUAUAUACAAACGCGCCAAAUGGUUGCAAAAAAAGAAGAACCGCUGUGAAUAAGUGAAAUUCCUAUAGUUAAUUAUAGCCGUCGGGAAUAGCGCGUUUUUUGUUUGAACUUUGAGACAGAUUAAACAGUUAAUGCCAUUAAAUGAAUUAAAGUCCAAUGAUAUAAAAAGGAUAUUUUGUUGGGCCGCACGACCAAUUCCAUUGCCCGAAUAUUGGAAUGUUGACUCUAAGUGCUGCGAUUCUGCUGGUCGUUGAAUGUGAUUUGAUUUAGAAAUGUUAAAUUACGUGCCAUCCUCAAUGUUUUCCACAUUUGGUGUAGCACAUCAACACACUUUAGUUUUAUGAAUGAAAUGCGAAUCAAAACAAUAGAAGAAAGAAGGUCAAAUCGCGACUGCGCAUAAAGUUGCUACUGCUGUAAGCGACGAUUCCAACACACAUCUCCCGUAUUUUUCUAUCGCAUUGUUUGGCUGUAAGAUGAAAAUAGAAUAUUUUUUUCCAUUGAAAGCAUCAGUACAUACAUGGUCGUUUAUCUGAGUGCAUCGAUUUUGUCGUCGUCGCAAUUCUUCGAAAUUCAUUCGUACAAAAGUUAAAAAAAUACCACAAAAUCAGUGAAUUUCGAGUGUGCAGUGAUUUUUUUUCUCUAUAUUUUGGAAUAAACAAGAAAAAAUCAUCACCAUCGUCGUCAACAUGUCAUUCCGUCCAAAAGAGCGGGUUUUAUCAGCACUACGAAAACUUUUCCACAAAACAUCAGCAAACAGACGCGAAGCGAACAAUGGUGCUGCAAGUAGUAGUAAUACAUCAAAAAGUCCUGCAAGAAAAUCUCGACGUGGAAUUUCACCAAGUCCGAGUCAAAAGUACCCAACUAAAGCCAAUGACAAAACAAUUCGCGCCAAGCGACUGAUGAAAGAGCUUAAAGAGAUCCAGCGCGCAUCUCGUCUACAGAAAAAUUCAUUUUCGGUAGAGCUGGUCAAUGAUAACUUAUUCGAGUGGUAUGUUCGAGUGUAUGACAUUGAUCAGGAAUCCGAGUUGAAAUAUGAUAUGGAAGAGCAAAAUAUUUCACACAUUCUUCUGCAUUUAAUAUUUCCGGAUAAUUUUCCAUUUUUGCCGCCAUUUAUGCGUGUGGUCGAACCAAAAAUUGAGAAAGGCUUUGUGAUGAACGGUGGCGCCAUUUGUAUGGAACUUUUGACACCACGUGGAUGGGCUAGCGCUUAUACAGUUGAAGCAGUUAUUAUGCAAUUUACCGCUAGUUUAUCCAAAGGUCGGGCACGAAUUGCACGCACAAAAAAAUCAGGCAAAGAUUUUAGUAAACAAUCAGCAGAAGAGGCGUUCCGAUCACUAGUGAAAACACACGAAAAAUACGGUUGGGUUACGCCGGCCCAAAGUGAGGGUUAAUUUGACAUCAAUUGAAAUCAAAAUGAGGAUAAAUAAGGUUGAUCGAAGUAUUGCACAAAAAUAAUACGUUAUUUGUUUUGGUUUAAAUUAAAAUGAAAAGAUUGUUACCAGUCAAAGUUCGACGUAUGCUCCACCUGGAUUCGGCCGCAUUUUGUCACAGAGACAAUACAAAAUUAUGCAAGUGACAUACUUUGACUACAUUGACUUUUAAUUAUUGUAUCUUUAAAAAUUAAUAUAUGUUUAAAAAAAAAGUGACAACAAAACAGAAUAUUUCCAAUGUUCAACCCAGCGAUAGAGCUAAGUCUGGCAUCUACAGGUUAAAUUUGGAUAAUAAAAAGAAACAAAAACAAUAAAUGUUCAAUAAAAUUGUAUCAAUGCGAA